CUUAGAUUCUAGAUCUAUGUCUGCCUCAAAUCUACCCAAAUACUAACUUAUAAGAUAGGCCUAAGGAUAAAAUCAUUAUGACUAAAGAUGCUUUUAUAGUUAUACUGAGGAGAGAAGGAAACACAAGAAACAAAUAGUCGAACUUCAACCAAAGAAAGAGUCUCAGUCAACUGGGGACAAGUCUGCCAAAAUGGACGUGUUCAAUCGCCUGAAGAGUGCUGUGACCAGCGUUAUACCUGGCAAUCCUCUGGGCAGAGAUUUUGACAUUCAAGACCAGGUUGCCAGUGCGGGUCCUGGCCUGCUGUGGAAAGUAUUUUCUGCUGCUAAGAAGAGCACAAAGGAGGAGGCUUCAGUGUUUCUGUUUGAGAAGAAGAGUGUAGACCGUUUCCACAAGAGAGAUAGAGAAGUGAUCAUUGAGUCCCUGCGUAGAGGGGUCCAGCAACUCACCAAGCUCAGACAUCCUAAAAUUCUUUCCGUUAUUCACCCACUCGAAGAGACUCGUGAAGCAUUAGCUUUUGCCACAGAGCCAGUGUUUUCCUGUCUGGCCAAUGUUUUGGGUGAUCACAGCAACCUGACAGGUGGCUCCAAAUACCUGACAGAUUUUCAGCUGUAUGAAGUUGAAAUCAAACAUGGUUUGUUACAGAUUUUAGAAGGUUUAGGUUUCCUGCACAACGAUGCCAAGAUGAUCCAUCGCAACGUUUGCCCGACGUCUGUAAUCCUGGCCAAGUCUGGCACCUGGAAGCUUGCAGGCUGUGAGUUUGUACAGCAGGCCACAGACUCACAGGACCAGAAGAGCUACUUCACCUGCCAUGAGUGGAGGGGCGACACACCCAGAGAAGCCCAGCCUCACCUGGACUUCAUGGCACCAGAGUAUGAGCUUACCCACAUCUGUUCACCUGCUAGUGACAUGUUCUCUUUUGGGAUACUCCUCUACUCACUCUACAACAAAGGGAAACCACUGUAUGAGUGUAGAGGGGAGCUAAAGACAUUUAGACAAAAUGCUGAAGAGCUGAGCAGUAUCCGAGGAUCCCUGCUGUCUAGCAUACCCUCCCAGCUUGCAGACCAUGUGAAGCUGUUGCUGAACACUGAGCCAACCAUUCGACCAGAUGCUGCACAGAUGAUGAAAAUUCCAUUUUUUGAGGACAUGGCCUGCAUUGCCCUCCAGUACAUGGAUACUCUGUACCAAAGAGAAAACAUGGAGAAGUCAAACUUCUUCAAAGGUCUGCCCAAGGUUAUUGAACAUCUUCCUAAGAGGGUGAGCCAGCAGAGGAUUUUACCUGCAUUGUUCAAGGAAGGCGUGAACUCCAACAUGGUGCCCUUCAUCCUGCCCAGUGUUUUCCUCAUCUCUGAGCAGUCCACAAAGGAGGAGUAUCAGGCUCUUGUCCUGCCUGAUCUCAUUCCAUUCUUUAAGAUCAGGGAACCAGUCCAGGUGAUGUUGAUGUUCCUACAGAACAUGAAUCUGUUACUGAGUAAAACACCGACUCAGCAAAUCCAGACUUACGUGUUUCCUCUUAUAUUCUCUGCACUUGAAUCAGACAGCCCCCAAAUACAGUCUGCAGAUGGUGUAUCAAUGCAGGAGCUGUGUCUUCACAUCAUCCCAACAUUUGCUGACCUCAUAGAAUAUUCUACCCUCAAGAAGUCCUUGGUUCCUCGCAUCAAGAAGCUUUGUCUUGGAACUUCAGUCCUAAAUGUGCGUGUCAACUGCUUGUUGUGUAUUGGUAAACUGAUGGACCAGAUGGACAAAUGGUUUGUUUUAGAUGAGAUCCUGCCUUUCCUUAGGGAGAUACCCACCAGAGAGCCUGCUGUCUUGAUGAGUAUUUUAGGCAUUCACAAAGUGGCCCUCUCAGAGGCCAAACUGGGUAUCACUAAAGACGUGAUGGCCAAUAAAGUCCUACCAUUUCUCAUUCCACUUUGUAUAGAUAACAACUUGAAUCUUUCUCAGUUCAAUGCCUACAUGAGUGUUGUGAAAGAGAUGCUGUCAAAAGUGGAAACAGAACACCGCACAAAGUUGGAGCAGUUGGAUCAGAUACAACAGGAACACAAAACACUAGAGAUCAGCAAAAUUACAGGUGAAAAUGGAAUGCCUGGAAAACAAAUGGAUGGAAAAUCAUCUUUUAUGGACAAGUUUCUGUCUGGUAUGGGCAUUGGUGGGUAUGGUGUGACAGCAACAAGUACUGGAAGUGGAGACAACGCUAAAGUCAUGUCCACCACAAGUCCAGAUGCAGAAAGAAGCAAGAACACAGAUGUUAGCCCAAAGAAAACCACACUCUCUAUAGAGGAGAAGCAGAGGCUGGCCAAGCAACAGGAGCAGGAGAGGGCGUUAAAGUCUCAGAAACCUUUAGUGGCCACUGGUCAGACACCUCAAGCCCCUCCAGCCGCGUCAGCCCCCAGGGACCUUACCUCCACCCUGAUGGAGUCCAACGUGAGGAACCUCAGCUUGUCUUCCAAGUCCAGCUCCAUUGGUAACCUGGGCUCAGUCUCCUACUCUGCUGGAACCAUGACCCAGGGUUCUGCCAACUGGCAGACGCAGUCCAUGGGGUCACCAGCGGCCGUCAACUGGGGCUCCAUGUCCUCUAACAACUCUUCGCCGUUCAUUACUCCACAGUCAUCGCUGUCGUCAUCCACGUCUUCUCUUCCAUCCGCUGUAAAACCAAAUGUGAACCUCUCUUCCUUUGACUCUCUGGUCACAACUCCCAGAAAACCUUCACUAAGUCAGAUGGGCCAGCAGUCCAACGUGCGACCCAUGGUGCAACAGAGCCAACCCAUGAUGCAGCACAACCAACCCAUGAUGCAGCACAACCAACCCAUAAUGCAGCAGGGCCAACCCAUGAUGCAGCACAACCAACCCAUGAUGCGGCCACCUCUCAUGGCUGGUGCAGGUAAUAUUCAGGGCAACCCUGGCUGGGGAUCUAUGUCCAAUAUGGCAGGGAUUCCUGCCACCCCUCAGAUGUACCAAGGAUGGAAUAGUCCACAUCAACCUAUGGGGGUGAUGCAGCCAAUGGCCACAGCUCAAGGUUCUCUAGGAGCCACCAAUAAAUCACUAACUAGUGAUGAUUUAAAGGAUUUUCUUGGUUAAUUUCAGAAACAUUUGCUUUUACAUUAAUUUUUAAGAAAUGCUUGUAACUAUUAUUGCUUUGUUUUUAUUUUAAAUUAUCAAUUUUUUUAAAUUAGGUGAUAAGGACAAUUUAUGCUUAAUUACUUUAUUUUAAUUCUUGUUUUAUAAUUCGGCAUAAUAAUUCCUAUUCUAAUUAAAUAAACCACAUUCACAGUAUAGUUGUAUGUUCUUAAUUUCAAACAUGUUGAUUCAAAUCCUGAUUGUUUUAUUUUCAAUAAUCAUCCAGCAUUUUAAACUGUGGCUGAACGAGGGGUUAUGCAAUAUUUUAAAUCAGAAGCAACUCUACAUUCCAGACGUGGGCAUUUCUCUGUCUAUGUGGUGAUAACAGUUGCUGUAGUUAGUUGUACAUUAUGGGGUUGUGAAUUUUUUGUGUAUGUUGUGGGGGUUGUGAGUUGUCAUUUAUUUGAAUGUUGCAGGGUUGUAAGUUGUCAUUUAUUUUAAGUUGUGAGUCGUCUAUUGUGAAUGUUUUGAGUUGUCUAUUUUGAAUGUUUUGAGUUGUCUAUUUUGAAUGGUGUGAGUUAUUUCCAUAAUGAAUGGUCGGUUCUAUCCAUGUCUAUGCUGUGAUAACAGUGGGAGGGACAUCAUGGCUUUGUGAGUUUAUUUAUGUGAGUGGUUACAUGAAUGUCUCGCAGUAGUAAGUGGUCAGUUCCAUGCUGUGAUAACAGUGGGAGGGACAUCAUGGCUUUGUGAGUUUAUUUAUGUGAGUGGUUAGAUGAAUGUCUCGCAGUAGUAAGUGGUCAGUUCCAUGCUGUGAUAAGAGAUACGGUCAGUCUGUUGGACCAAAUACAUUUUUAUCUACUUAUUUUUAUGUAUUACGAAGUGAUGAGUCAUUAAGUGAAGUUAAUUUGUCAGAUUUUACUUUUCUUGACUAGUAUAAUUUAUAUUCUAUCUAACUCAUAUUAGAAUAAAAUAAGUCAGAAGACUGCUGUGCUGCAUAAGAAAUGAAAUAAGGUGACAGUAUUGGUAUCUACAAUAGGAACUGAAUUUUACAUUUUAAUUCCAAUUUUUCUUAAAAAAGGUAAUUUAUCCAAAUAAAUAUGGUUAAACAUAGAUUUAAAUUAUUUGCCUCAUUUAUUUUUUUAGUUUAAUUCUUACCUUAUUUUAAAAUGUAAGUGUGGGUCUUUUUUUAGAGUAGUUGACAUGAAAAAUUAUUUCUUCUAUUCACAACUCAUGACAGUAAUGUAAAGCCUUUUCUCUCCUCAAGGCCAAAAAAAAUCUAUAAUAACAUGUAAAUAUAUUUAUUGGAGAUUAAACCAAGUGUUCUGUUGUGAAUAAGAUUUUACUUUAAACCCAAUUGUAUGAUAAGAUUUGUUUUAUGGUAUUGUAAUGUCUGUACAAUUAAAAGUAUU